AUGGCUGUCUGGCGCCCUGCUGAAACGGGGCUGCCGGUGAGCUGCCCUAAGCCCCCUCGCCCCUCUCUCCUCGGUCCCAUCCCUGUGGAUUAAGUGGUGCUCUCUCCCUUGCUCCCUCCCUUUCCAGGGCUGGGAAACUCCUCACUUCCCCAGAUGAGGCGGCGACCUCCUUUUUCUUCUUGCUCACUUAAGGGGAGCAAAUGACCAGCGAGAACUCAAUUAGCAACAUGUCUCCCCCACGGCUGGGGGUCGAUGCAGAGGCUUGUUCCAGGAGGCCUCGGAGAUCAGCUUGGUCAUGCAGAGCGACAGGGAAAUAGAGAGAGAGUGGCAUCUGCCCCAACACAGAUUUGCUUAAUUGAGUUUGGCUCUUACAAUUACAGGGUAAUAAUGCCUUUUGAAUAGUGCGGGUGAAAGGCUUGCAGCCCGGGCAGUUGCACUGUACUCCCAUGUGUCGUCAGCUGGCCCGGGUUAGCCAGUGACAGACACAGAGAGAGAGGGGAAUUGCCAGUGGACUUUGGUUAAGCAGUGUUUAUUGAGUCCUUGAUAGGACCCCAUGAGACCGCAGGAUCAACAAUGGCAGAAUUAAUGGGCAAGGCACGAUGAGAAUGUCAGCGCCACGGGGGGCGUGUGUGGCCUUUGAGCCUGCCUCCACCGCCAAUACGAUGGCGCUCUCCCAAAGCGCUUUGACAAGGCUUGACCUGUUUGUUUGUGUGUUUACUUGUUUGUUUUCAAUGCAUAAGUCGCUGUAUUGGGUUUACAAUUGCUCUCAGUUUGGGUUAUUUGGUCGCUUACCCAGUGACUGGCACAUCGAGGUCAUCUUUUGAAUGACAAAAUAUUGGUACAUAGUAUUUUAUCAAAUGUAGUUAAAUAUUAGUGAUAUCAUUGAUUUGGCUUGGUAUAAUAAGAACACCAUUUUGAAACCAUGUAUUUACUGAUCGUUAAAAAAUAAAUACAUUAUUAAGAUGUUUAUCUGACCAAGUGAUCUUCCAAAUUGUACAUAACUUCUAGGUAUAUUACACAGCCUCCUGGCCUAAACUGAUCUAAACCAAACUACUGAAAGUGGUUCCAUGAACACAUUCCCGGUCUUUGAAAAUGUCUUUUUUUUGUAUUAUUAUAAAAAAUGACUAUAACAGGUCUAUGAGAACAUGUACAUAACAUAAGCCUUGUUCCUCAUUGGUUUAAUUCUAGACUCCAUAAUCCAAGAUUAGUCUGUCCAAGGAACACACACAGUAUCAAGAUGUUUACUACUGUAAUAUUUAGUUUUCUCACUAAAGAAGGGUAUAGAUGCAUAUUGGAAGGGAAUUAUGCAUUAAAAAUGUAGAAGGGAAUAAAAACAUUUAAGAAAAAGGGUGUCAUAUGAUGUGUGAAGACGACAAAAACAUUUGUUCCAAACAAAGUACAUUCUUAUGGUAAUAUUUUUCUGAAAUGACUCAGAGGUAAUAAACUAUAAAUGAAAGGAGAGUGUUUUACGCACAGCCGUCUUAGCACAGGAGCUGAACAUAAAAGAACUGUAGAAUAAAAUAAUGUCCGCUCACUGUUUGCCAUUCUCACAAGGGAACUUAAAAUAGAGCUUUUAGUGAGAUAAGAAUACAGACUAUGUCGGUCAAAAUUGUCUCACUAAAAGCUUUAUGAAAAUUACUUUAUUAUUCAAUAGAACCAUCAAGCCAUCACUUGAACUCUGCUCACUCCUAUAUUCAAGGUUCCUUAUUCACAGCCCAUAUGUUUACACACAUUUAUUAAAGGGAUAGUUCAGCCAAAGUACAUAUUUGUUGCCUUUCCAUAAUAGUUUGUAGGACAAACCGUUCGGACGCUACAGACGAUUUUGUGAGAAGCCCAAUUUUCGGUAUGUCUCAUGGUCCGACAAACACCACUCUAGCUCUGUCACCUUUCACUGCUGAUGGAGGGUCAGGGAAAUCCCAAAUAGAUAGAUUCCAGAUGUCCGUCAGCUAGCGCGCUAGCACAAAGCCAAGAUGGAAAGGGUUACAAAACUCCCAUAGCCUACUCCACAGAAAACAUGCCGAAAAGUUGACACAACAAAAAGGAGAACAGACAAGAUAGUACAAAAUUAGAGCAAGCAGGUGUGAUUUUCUCUUUUGUUUGAGCCCACAGGAAGAAGUCACCAGAGCCUGCUAUGCUAACGGUUCCCACUAGACAACACAGCCACAAAGUCUGUGACGAGUAUGCUUGGUCUGGAAUGUAAUUACAUGCUAGCAUGGCUAGUGGAUAACGUUAGCCAGCUUGAGCUAGCUACCAAGCUAGCAUACGAACUCGGUAGCACAGAGUAGAUCCUCCAUAUGACGUUGAGAAAUAGUGCAUUGUGGGUAGUUCAGAAGAUAUCUGGAAAUAAGUUAAUAAAUAUAUAAUAACCCAAAAACAUAACUAUGUUUGUUCUUAUAGGUAACCAGAUUGUGACUACAACUAAGCCUUUGACCACACUGUGUUUUUACAUAGGUGAGUAAAAACUCAUGCUUCCUACCCUUUAAAGCAUCCACCUAUCAAUCAUUAUUAGGCCUAAUGAUGUCCCCAUUUUGACACUCCAGAAUCAGUGUGGGCAAAUAGCCCUAGGAAGAGGAGCAACAUGGAGCGAGAUAGCUUUUCUCUGAUAUAAUUUGAGGCCAUAAUAAUGUGCGAAGUCAAGCUUGGUGAGGGAGAAAAUAGAAGAAUGUAGGGCUGUGUGCCACCCUAAUGGAUAACCUUGUAGUCGGGAGAAAAUGGGACCCAAUAAUGUCUCCUUAAUGUUCGCAGCGGUGUUUCAGGGAACGUAUCAGGAGAAAUGUCCCCUGUCAUUUCUGCAAGCAAUCACUUAAUGGGACCAGCAAAUGUUGACAAAAUGGACAUGCACUGAGCUAUUUCUGGGCUUGACAGAGGGAAUGAAUCUUUGGCUCUUGCAAGGGGGAAAAUAGAUAGAGACGGAGAAAAGAAAAGGAAACAAGCAACGGGAGAAAAAAGGAAAAACAAAAACCUCUCACGAUCCAUUUGCCUCCGGUGUGUGUAUGUUUGUGUGCCGCUAAAGUGCAGACAGUGACAGGAAUUUCAAUUAUUUCAUUAGGGGGGAAAUGAAAAGACUUAAGUGUUGUGAUUUCUGCAGUCUUUCAUAGAUCAAUCUAAUGUGCGCUCGCAUUGGAAAUCAACCAAAAUGGAAGAGGGAGAGUGAAGCAGCGUCUCCUUAAAUCACGCAAUUAAAAUGGCAAAUUAGUUUCUUGAUAUAUUCAUUUAAGUGGUUAAGUGGAAGGGUUUAUCUCUCCAUCCGCGGCGCUGUCUAGCAGGAUGGGGGGGAGCAUCGUCUGCAUGCUCUUUUGAUUAAAGCCACCACUUAAAUGCUGAGGAAAACGCUGAAAGCACUUGCCGUCCAAAUUAGCCAUCCGAAGGCUUCAAAAUCCAAUUCGAAAGAGUUGAUUUAAGCAUUUAAGCAGAAUACGGCUGGCAACUUAAAGGAUUCAGAAACAUUUUCCCGGCUGCAAUCAACAGCUUUUAGAGGUCAUGGCUAGCAUAGGGGUUUGGUGGUUUGUCAUCAUCCAAGAGCAAUGCAAAGUGAGGACAGUGAAUAUAGAGUGAAGUUAAGUCAUUUAAUAUGUAUUCCCACCUCUGUAUAAUAAGGUCAAUAUAAUAUCAUCAUAGCCUUUAAAAUCUAUUUGAUAACAAUAGAAUAUUAGGCUUUAUUCCCUGGUAAUUGUAUAAGCCUACACUGAAUACAUUUUCUGUUUACAAAAAUGUAACAUCAUCCAAUGUUGUAAUAAACAGUGCCUGUGUGUCACUUCCUAUGUUUUCGCAUCAAUGAGCAGUACAUAAUAUUGUUGUGAUAAAGGCUGCAGCAUGUUACCCGUAGUUGUCAUCAUCCGGAAGAGAAAAAAGCCCAAGAAAAUCUGAUACAUGCAAAGUACACUGCGCAAAAUGAUUUGUAGUCUCAACUAACUAGUUCACUUUUUAAAAAGUUUAGUCAACUUAAAUGUUAAAUUAUCCCAAUUUACACUAAAUCUAUAUUGAUUCAUUAAAGAUAGUUAGGGCAACUUAACAUUUUGUCGGUAUAAAAAAGAAGGAGCUCGAAAGAUGGGAGUGAUGUUGACCCUGGGCCCGGAUUCACAAAAACAUAUCUUUCCUUAAGUUUAUACUUAAUGUUCUUAUGAAAAAAGUUACAAAGAAAUGUGAUUCUUGAAAAUAAUGUUAUUGGAUUUCUUCUUGGAAAUGUUCGUAAUUCCAAGAUAGCUUGUCUUAAACUCAGGGCAGUGAGAGAAUAAGCCAAUGAAAGACAUUGAACAUGUUUAAUUCACUCACAAACUUCAUCUGAAAGUUUCAGUAUUGAUUGUUUUAAACCCAAGAACAUGUUUUAGAACAGUAAUCUCAGUAAUAAAUAUGCUAGCAUGAUUGCCAUUACCAGCUAGAUAGCUAACUAGAUCGGUUGCCUAGCGACAAUCAUCUUAAGAAGAUAGUUAAGAAGUUGGUAAGAAGCUAUUUGAGAAGUUCAUAAGAAAAACAUGAACAUAUAUUGUUGAGGAAUUGCACUUAUUAACUUAUUAAUUUUUUUCUUAAGAAGCUUCUUAAGUUUUUGUGUAAGAAGUGUUUUGUGAAUCGGGGCCCAGUCCUGUAUGGACACCGUGGCCAGGAGGCUCUAUGUCAAGUGCCAGUAGAAUGGCCAAUGGUGAUUUACAGACAGACUGGUCAGACCAGGGAAGUAUAUGGCUGGUGAUGUUAGGCAGAGGGAGGCAAGCCAAAAGACUACGCAACAAGAGGAGAUACAAGCCAAUGGCAUCGUAAUGGACAUGUGAAUGUAACUCUCAGUCAAAGAAAUAUAAUUUCUAAUUUCUCAUGAAACCAUUAAUGUUAUGAACCUCUCUUUAAACAUUUUGUUUGCUAGUUCGCCAGCUUGCAUAAAUGUGUGCUUUCCAUAACAACAUUAAUCUGUCAAAAGCAAGAUGGAUUUGUAGAAGAUGGAUUUUCUCUUCCAGCACAGAGGCAUAUUGUCCACUUUGAUGGUGCAGGAUGAUAUCAAAUACCCUCCUGGUUGCCGAGUUGAAAUGAAAGAAAAAUAGGCAGGGGUCUAUAAAAAUGAAGUUGGAAGUAAGUACGCCACUCACAUCUAUGGGGGGGAGAAAUCCUUUUCCCAGGACAUUUUGUAGUCGUCAAUUGGUCUGUGCAACUUGCUGUAAUGCAGGUAAUGGAGCUACUCUUCUCCUUUCAUCUUCAGGGCGAGUGUGUGCUGAGGCGAGGGAAGGCCCAACAGGAGAGGCAGAUCAGUCGUAAUGGACAUGCAUGGAUAUAUGUGGGAAAAACAAACCCUUAUUCUAAAAAGAACAAUCAACUAGCCUAGCUAGUUUGUGUUUGUUUGUAAUCUCUCAUGAUGGUGAAUGAUACAGAGGAAAUGUGCUUUGAUGCUGGGGGCAGUUUGUAUCUUUUCGAUGCAGAGUUACCGGAUUAUUUAUUGAUUCUCUCACUUGGGGAGAGCUUCAGUGGUUGAGGAGAGCGAUAUAGCAAUCUGAUGCUUUUUCUCUUCUUUUUAAGAGUACAAUUUAAAGAAAUGUGCAUUAAAGGCACAGUGCAGUCAAAAACAUGAUUUUCCUGUGUUUUAUAUACAUUUCCACAAUAUGAGGUUGGAAUGAUACUGUGAAGUUGUGAAAAUUGUGAUAAUGCCCUUUUAGUGUAAGAGCUGUUUGAAAAGACCGCCUGAAAUGUCAGCCUGUUUUGGUGGGAUGGAGUUUUGGCCUUCCAUGUUAUGAACACCAGGCAGUAAAUUACUUAAUGAAUAGAUCAAUAAGAAAGAGAGUUCCAAACCUCUCUGCCAAUAACAGCUAGUUAUCAGGCUGACACUUGGCCACAAGUGGAUCUUCCAGCAUGACAAUAACCCCAAACACUAAUCAAAAUGGGUUUGAAUUGAAGAGGGUAGUCCAUAAGCACAGAAGAAGGAUAUCAAGGAUCUGGAAAGAUUCUGUAUUGGUCUAAAUCAAAUCAAAUCAAAUGUUAUUUGUCACAUACGCCGAAUACAACAGAUGUAGACCUUACAGUUAAAUGCUUACUUACAAGCCCUUAACCAACAAUGCAGUUUUAAGAAAUAUAUAUAUAUUUUUAAUUAAAAAUACAAUAUAAAAUAAUACGAAAUAAAAGUAACAAAUUAUUUUAAGAUCCCUCCCAACGUGUUAUCCAAACUCACUUUUGAAAAAGGUUCAGCGUCAUUAUCCCGGCAAGGGAAAGGUGCUAGUGUAUUUGACCCCUAUCUUCUUUUGAUAUUUUUGUAUUACUUGUUAAACAAAAUCUCUUUCUCUAAGCAAUUGUAUUAGUAUAAAAUAAUAUAAUAUCCCAAUUUGUUUAGCAUACAAUAUAGCUCAGUAUUUGUAUCAUUUAUUUUAUAGUCUUUUUGGCUCAUCUUAAUCAAGGAUGCAAAUAAUUAGAACCGAUCAUGGGAAACUCUCCUAUAGAGUAUGUCUGGAAAUUGUGAGUAUGCCUCACAAAAGGAUAUGAGUACCUCUUACAGCUUGUAUCUAUAAACAAAUACCUUUUAAUAAAAAAUGGGACAAGGAAAGACUCAGAAAAUAAUAAUUGGGAGAAUAUUUGCUAAAUUUCCUGUGACUUUGUUUGUUUUGGAAAUUAAAAUAAGCACUACUGGUUGAGGCAGAGUCUCUGAUUUAACGCCUGGCCUGCUCUCCACUAUAGCUGCUUCAGCCCUUCACUUUCAAUCAAAACCAUCCAGUCAUCAGUAUUACUUCAACCUGCCAGCUUUAGACAUUUCUGUUUUUUCAGCAGAUUCCCAAACGACAAAACUAGUCCCCGCUGAUUGGCUAGCUCUCCGCCGGUCCCUUUGUCUGCCCUCUCCGUUUGUUCUAUCCCCCAUUUCCCUAUUCACCGACUCAAACGUUAGCGCUAGUAGCCUGCUGGAAAUCUGCCUGUCUUGGCAUUAUAGGGGCCUUGUUGUAUUUUGUCAGGCAACCCGACUUUAAUACAGAGUCACUUAGUCUUCAUAAAAGGGGUCAAUAAAGGUAAGCUCGUCAGCGUGUGGUUGAAUUGAUGCAAUAAUGACAUCUUGGAAAUAAUUAUUUGGUGUGUUUAUGUGUGACAGUCAAGCUCUAAUUCUUUCCAGUAUAAAUGUAGACUUAUAUUCUAAAUAUUCAAAUUAAUGACUAUACAACAUAAGUUAAUGAAUAUAUAAAUGUACAUGUUGAUAUCACCAACUUGCAUUGAUAAAAUCGGCACAUGCUAUCUGCUGUAUUGGAAAAAUAGCAAUAAAAUAAUUUGUGUUUGGGAAUAUUCUGGUUAUUGAACCACUGUGAGAAAUAUUUACCAGAUGUUUAGCCUAUAGAAUCAGUUACAGACCUUUGUAAAAUCCCCACCAAAUUAUUAACAGCCAUUUUUUUGGUGUAAAUGGGGUAUGGAUGGAAUAGUAGGGUAUGGUGGACUUAAUCCAUAUGGGUGACACCAAAAACAACUAGGUUGCCCUCUUCUGGCGAGUGUAAAACUGAGAGUUGAUUGAUAGGAGUUUCUAUGGCAAAUUAGGUUCUGCUCUCACAGUAAGAGGAAACGUGGAGCUGUAUUUGAGAGGGAUGACAAAUUUAAUGUCAAUGUAUUUUACAAAUUCUACUAAUAAAACAACAAUACAUAGAGCCACAAAAAAAUCUGCAUUAAAAUGUGGAUAUACUAUAUUUGCAAGGUUUAUAAAAUUUUUUUACCUGACAUAACCUGCCAUGUAAAUCUAUUGAAUUUGAAAUAAAUGGGGAAACUUAAAUGAGAACGAACAGUGUUUGGUAGAAGAUAUUGUUUUCAGGUGGAACAAGUAGACAAUACAUGUAUCAAAUAUCAAAGUUAUCCUGGGCAGAUGCCCUGAGUGAAGCUCGAUAAUAUAAAAGGUGCCUGUGAGGGCCCAUCCUUUCCCACUGAUCUCCCAGAGAACAAAGUGGACCUCAUAGUAGACCCAUGCCUGCGACCCCUCGGCUCAAUCCAGUGGAAAUUAUGUGUACAUUACAAUGCAAUUACCGACACUUUGGCCCUCUCUCCCUCAAGUGCGUGUGUAUGUUGAGAGGGGGCCGCAGCUGACCCCCGUAGGCAAAGUGACCUCAUACUCAUCAGUGUGUGUGUGUGUGUGUGUGUGUGUGUGUGUGUGUGUGUGUGUGUGUGUGUGUGUGUGUGUGUGUGUGUGUGUGUGUGUGUGUGUUCACGUGUGUGCAUUUGUGUUUCUGUCUGCAGGUGCAGGAUGUACAGCUUCAUGGGCGGAGGGCUGUUCUGUGCAGGCGUGGGGAACAUCCUCCUGAUUGUUUCCACGGCAACCGAUUAUUGGAUUCAGUACCGGCACUCCAACAACUACAUGCAUCAGGGCCUGUGGCGGUACUGCAUGCCAGGGAAAUGCUUCACACACAACGACAGUAUUGGUGAGGACUAUGGCCAGUGCACACAAUGCUGUCAUAACACUGUCAUAACACUGUCAUAACACCCAACACAUGUCAUAACUGUUCAUAACAAGCCCUAACAAAUGUAUGAGAGGUGCAAUUUUCAUUUUAUGUGCCAUGUCAGUGGUACAGCUCAUCACUUAAGAAUCACGAUAUGUUGUGAUCGAAGCUAUGUCAAUCACACCACAGCUGCUUAUAAAAAGGCAAAGUCCAGGAAGCAAGGUGUAACCCGAAAACCCCCAGAAAGGAUUGAUUAGAACUUCCAUUGACUACAACCAUUUUAAUUGGUGAUUUUGGCACAAAAUAGUUAUUAUCCUAGUCACAGCAUGAGCAUCAAGGCAUGCUUUCCAUAAUAAGAUUCAUAUUUGCCAAGCACAAUCCAAAUGUGUUAUCAAUAUGGGUAGUUUGUCAGGUCAGAACAGGCCAGGGUCAGCCUCUCUUGUACACUGACAACCCCUGUUAACCUUUGACCCCCUGCAGCCCACUUGGAUGCCACCCGAGCACUCAUGAUCCUCUCCCUCUUGGCCUGUUUCAUUGGCAUCAUCAUUGGCAUCAUGGCCUUCAUCCACUACUCGUCCUUCGACAGGUUUGACAAAACCUUUGCUGCAGGCAUAUUGUUCUUCAUCUCAUGUAAGUUCGGUUAAUUAACUUAUUUCACUUAUUUUACACAUUUUACUGCUUGAUUUUCUUUCCAUGUCAACUGUUGUAACUGUAUGAGAAGUGAUGUAAUGUUGUUGUCCUUAUUUUAUGAUCUAUGCAGUACUUUGUUGGAUGAUGAAUACAAUUUUAGUUAAGAUUAUGUCUUUUCAAAGAUUUUGUUAAUCGAAUGGUAUCAAAUUGUUUUUAUGAACCACUUAACUUAAACCCAACACAGGCAAAAUUAAUAAUGAUGUUAUUUGGUUUAAAUCUGUUUCUGGUUGAAGCAACGUCAUGACUAUAAAAAGCAAAUAUUUUGGUUGUUAUCUGGGUAGUUUUGUCCACUAUGCAAAAUCUCAUAAAUUUGGUGUAAUUUAUUUUUACUUUUAUUAUGGUUGCCUAAAUGAUACGUAAAAAUAAAUAAAAAUUAUAUCAGUAUACAGUGAGGGAAAAACAUAUUGGAUCCCCUGCUGAUUUUGUACGUUUGCCCACUGACAAAGAAAUAAUCAGUGUAUAAUUUUAAUGGUAGGUUUAUUUGAACAGUGAGAGGCAGAAUAACAACAAAAAACUCCAGAAAAACGCAUGUCAAAAAUGUUAUAAAUUGAUUUGCAUUUUAAUGAGGGAAAUAAGUAUUUGACUCCCUCUCAAUCAGAAAGGUUUUUGGCUCCCAGGUGUCUUUUAUACAGGUAACGAGCUGAGAUUAGGAGCACACUCGUAAAGGGAGUGCUCCUAAUCUCAGUUUGUUACCUGUAUAAAAGACACCUGUCCACAGAAGCAAUCAAUCAAUCAGAUUCCAAACUCUCCACCAUGGCCAAUACCAAAGAGCUCUCCAAGGAUGUCAGGGACAAGAUUGUAGACCUACACAAGGCUGGAAUGGGCUACAAGACCAUCGCCAAGCAGCUUGGUGAGAAGGUGACAACAGUUGUUGCGAUUAUUCGCAAAUGGAAGAAACACAAAAUAACUGUCAAUGUCCCUCGGCCUGGGGCUCCAUGCAAGAUCUCACCUCGUGGAGUUGCAAUGAUCAUGAGAACAGUGAGGAAUCAGCCCAGAACUACAUGGGAGGAUCUUGUCAAUGAUCUCAAGGCAGCUGGGACCAUAGUCACCAAGAAAACAAUUGGUAACACACUACGCCGUGAAGGACUGAAAUCCUGCAGCGCCCACAAGGUCCCCCUGCUCAAGAAAGCACAUAUACAGGCCCGUCUGAAGUUUGCCAAUGAACAUCUGAAUGAUUCAGAGGAGAACUGGGUGAAAGUGUUGUGGUUAGAUGAGACCAAAAUAGAGCUCUUUGCCAUCAACUCAACUCGCUGUGUUUGGAGGAGGAGGAAUGCUGCCUAUGACCCCAAGAACACCAUCCCCACUGUCAAACAUGGAGGUGGAAACAUUAUGCUUUGGGGGUGUUUUUCUGCUAGUGGACAGGACAACUUCACCGCAUCAAAGGGACGAUGGAUGGGGCCAUGUACCGUCAAAUUUUGGGUGAGAACCUCCUUCCCUCAACCAGGGCAUUGAAAAUGGGUCGUGGAUGGGUAUUCCAGCAUGACAAUGACCCAAAACACACGGCCAAGGCAACAAAGGAGUGGCUCAAGAAGAAGCACAUUAAGGUCCUGGAGUGGCCUAGCCAGUCUCCAGACCUUAAUCCCAUAGAAAAUCUGUGGAGGGAGCUGAAGGUUCGAGUUGCCAAACGUCAGCCUCGAAACCUUAAUGACUUGGAGAAGAUCUGCAAGAGGAGUAGGACAAAAUCCCUCCUGAGAUGUGUGCAAACCUGGUGGCCAACUACAAGAAACGUCUGACCUCUGUGAUUGCCAACAAGGGUUUUGCCACCAAGUACUAAGUCAUGUUUUGCAGAGGGGUCAAAUGCUUAUUUCCCUUAUUAAAAUGCAAAUCAAUUUAUAACAUUUUUGACAUGCGUUUUUCUGGAUUUUUUUGUUGUAAUUCUGUCUCUCACUGUUCAAUUAAACCUACCAUUAAAAUUAUAGACUGAUCAUGUCUUUGUCAGUGGGCAAACGUACAAAAUCAGCAGGGGAUCAAAUACUUUUUUCCCUCACUGUACUACCAGACCAUGACGUCAUAGCCAGACCAUUACAUUGUGAUGUAUUUGCAGGAACAUGCAUCCCAGACAUGCUAAACUCUCACCAUUACCAAUAACAAGGGAGGUUAGCAUUUUUGGGGGGAGUAUGAUAUUUAUGCCUCUGUAACUUUCUCAAUCAUAAUUAUUCAUUUAGGAUUAUCCAUAAUUAUGGUAGCAGCCACAUUAAUGUAGAAGUGUUCCGAAAUAUAUUAUAUUCUUAUUUACAAUAAAAGUGUCUCCAAAAUGGCACAAUACAUUAUUUACCAUUAAUUUCUAUUGGGCACAGAAUAAUCUGAAACACAACCAAAACCAACUGCAAAUGCAUCCAACAGGUUUGUAGAGUCACAAGCUUGAUGUAGUCAUACCAAAUACUAAAUUUUUGACUACUUUAAUACAGUGCCUUCAGAAAGUAUUCAAACCUCUUAACUUGUGUUGUGUUACAGCCUGAAUUAAAAAUGGAUUAAAUUGAUUUUAUUUCUCACCCAUCUACACAUAACGACAAAGUGAAAACAUGUUUUUAGAAAUUGUUGCACAUUUAAUGAAAAUGAAAUGCAGAAAUCUCAUUGACAUAAGUAUUCACACCCCUGAGCCAAUACUUUGUAGAAGCACCUUUGGCAGUGAUUACAGCGGUGAGUCUUUCUGGGUAAGUCUCUAAGAGCUUUCCACACCUGGAUUGUGCAACACUUUAUUAUUUUCUAAAUUAUUCAAGCUCUCUCAAAUUGGAUGUUGAUCAUUGCUAGACAACCAUUUUCAGGUCUUGCAAUAGAUUUUCAAUUAGAUUUAAGUCAAAACUGUAACUUGGCCAUUCAGGAACAUUCACUGUAUUCUUGGUAAGAAACUCCAGUGUAGAUUUUGUCUUGUGUUUUAGGUUAUUGUCUUGCUGAAAGGUGAAUUAAUCUCCUAGUGUCUGGUGGAAAGCAGACUGAACCAGGUUUUCCUCUAGGAUUUUGCCUGUGCAAAAUUCCGUUCCAUCUUUUUUUGUCCUGAAAGACUCCCCAGUCCUUAACAAUUACAAGCAUACCGAUAAUAUGACGCAGCCACCACUAUGUUUGAAAAUAUGGAGAGCGGUACUCAGUAAUGUGUUGUAUUGGAUUUGCCCCAAACAUACCACUUUGUAUUCAGGACAAAAAGUGAAUUGCUUAGCCACAUUUUUUGCAGUAUUACUUAAGUGCCUUGUUGCAAACAGGAUGCAUGUUUUGGAAUAUUUGUAUUCUGUACAAACUUCCUUAUUUUCACUUUGUCAAUUAGGUUAGUACUGUGGAGUAACUACAAUGUUGUAGAUCCAUCCUCCAUUUUCUCCUAUAACAGCCACUCCCUCAUGGUGAAAUCCCUGAGCGGUUUCCUUCCUCUACGGCAAUUGAGUUAGGAAGGAUGUCUGUAUCUUUGUGGUGACUGGGUGUAUUGAUACACCAUCCAAAGUGUAAUUAAUAACUUCCCCAUGCUCAAUGGGAUAUUCAAUGUUUUUUUGUUUUUUUUUACCGAUCUACCAAUAGGUGCCCUGGUCUUUGUGGUUGAAUCUGUGUUUUAAAUUCACAUUCCGACUGAGGGACCGUACAGAUAAUUGCAUGUGUGGGGUACAGAGAUGAGGUAGUCAUUCAAAAAUCAUGUUAAAUACUAUUAUUGCACACAGAGUGAGUCCAUGCAACUUAUGUGACUUAUUAAGCAAAUUUUGGUAACACUUUAUUUCACACCUAGCGUCAUAACACGUUAUGGUACGGUCAUAACCAUGUCAUAAUAUGUCAUUACAGCUGACAAAACUUGACAUUACCUGUCAUAAUAUUGUGAUAUCACUGUCAUGACACAUAUAUUUAGACCUGUUGUGACAUAUAUUGCAUUAUUUUAUAGCUGGUUAUGACACCUAAAGAGAGUGUCAAAACCCACAAAACCUACCACACAAGGCAAACCAUUCCAUUAUACCAUAGCCUACUUGUAAACAGUUUGAUUGUUAUAUAAAAUUUUCUGAAAUGUACCAUAUUAAAUUAUCAUUGUAAUUGCGCACACAUUGAUGUCAGACAUGCACCUACCCCAAUGCUCUGUUGCUGAUGACUGGGAUGAAUGCAGGAGCUGAUUUCAGGAGCAGGACAAGACACCCUCUUUGUGACUGAUGACUGACAUAAGGGCAUGUACAUGAUAGGCCUAUCUGGCUUAUGAUGGUCAUAAUGCUUCUUGACAGUGUCAUAAAGAGUAUUUUCUUAGUCCAAGUCAAAUAACAGAGGAUGGUCAUAAUGCUUCAUGACAGUGUCAUAAAGUAUAUUUUCUUAGUCCAAGUAAAGUGACACAGGAUGGUCAUAAUGCUUCAUGAUGACAGUGUCACACAAUUUAUCCAAAGUGUGGUUAGAAAAACAACAACAACAACGUUCCUGGCAGACAUCUCAGCUUGGAUGUCAGCCUACCACAUUAAGCUUAACCUCAACAAAACAGAGCUGCUCUUCCUCCGGGGAAGGCCUGCUCGCUCCAAGAUCUCUCCAUCACAGUUGACAACUCCAUGGCGACCCCCUCCCAGAGUGAAAAAAACCUUGGCAUGACCCUGGACAAUACCCUGUCGUUUUCUGCAAACAUCAAAUCAGUGACUCGCUCCUGCAGGUUCAUGCUCUACAACAUCCAUAGAGUACGACCUUUCCUCACACAGGAAGUGGCGCAGGUCCUAAACCAGGCACUUGUCAUCUCCCGUCUAGACUACUGCAACUCUCUGUUGGCUGGGCUCCCUGCUUGUGCCAUCAAACCCCUGCAACUUAUCCAGAAUGCCGCAGCCGCCCUGGUGUUCAAACUUCCUAAGUUCUCAGGACACUCCACUGGCUUCCAGUCGAAGCUCGCAUCAUCUUCAAGACCCUGGUGCUUGCCUACGGCGCAGCAAAGGGAACUACCCCUCCUUACCUUAAGGCUAUGCUCAAACCCUACAUCCCAACCCGAGCACGUUUCGUCACUUCUGGUCUCUUUGCCCUCCCACACCUACAGGAGGGCAACUCCCAUUCAGCCCAGUCAAAGCUCUUCUGUGUCCUGGCACCCCAAUGGUGGAACAAGCUUCCCCUUAAAGUAAGGACAGCAGAGUCCCUGCCCAUCUUCCAAAACGUCUGAAACCCUACCUCUUAAAUAACUCUCACAGCACCCCCGUUAGAUACACAUUUAAUAAAAAGUAACCCUCUAAAAUACAGCGUGGUUCAUAUGUACUCAAGUAAAUACACUUAAUACGAGCCAUCGUUUGUCAAAAAAUAAAUAAAACCACUUAAGAGCCAAAACAUUUUAACGAAAACACAUUUUAUCCGAGACGUCAUCUUGCCUCAUUGACUUACAUACAAAGUUAGCUAGCUUACUUUGGCUACAUUCAUAUGAAGGGGAAAAUAUCACUCCUUUUUCACUGUCAAAACACUUAAAUUAUCCAUCAAAAUGACAAGAAAAUUCAUCACAGUUCAAAUAAACAUGUUGUCGCUAGAUUUAAAUGACAAAACCAUGCUUACAAACCUGAAAACAGGAAGGAGACACAGACAAUUUAACAUUUUCCACUGGGCUUCUCUUCUCUUCUUCCAACAUAUGAGGCACGUGCCUGCAGCUAACAGUUCGAAAGUCUCCCCCUAGUGGUAGCGCUAAGUAUACAUGCAUAUUAAAUCAAAACCAUGGAGGACUACAAUAAUAUUGUUGUGAACAAACAAACGUUGAUCCCAAAAUAUGGAAUAAAAAUAAAUAAAAAACAUAGUUCCACUUUGACAUUAUGGGGUAUUAUGUGCAGGCCAGUGACUAAAAAAAAACAUAAUUUAAUCUAUUUUUAAUUCAGGCUGUAACUCGACAAAAUGUGGAAAACGUCAAGGGGUGUGAAUACUUUCUGAAGGCACUGUAAGUGAAUUUGUCAAAAUACUUUGGUUCCCUAAAAUGGAAGGACUAUGUACAAAAAGUGCUGUAAGUUCUAAACGGUUCACCCCAUAUGGAUGAAAAUACCCUCAAAUUAAAUCUGACAGUCUGUAUCAUUUCAAAUCAAGUAUUGGAGUACAAAACAACAAAAAAUGUGUCACUGCCCAUGGGGGUUGCCCCAAACAUACUCACUUUUUUAUUUUACCGGGCAAGUCAGUUAAGAACAAAUUCUUAUUUACAAUGACGGCCUACACCGGCCAAACCCGGACGACGCUGGAUCAAUUGUGCGCCACCCUAUGGGACUCCCAAUCACGGCCGGUUGUGAUACAGCCUGGAAUCGAACCAGGGGGUCUGUAGUGACGCCUCAAGCACUGAGAUGCAUUGCCUUAGACCACUGCAUCACUUGGGUGCUACUUUAUCAAAAACGGAUAAAAAUAUGUAUUUCUAAUCAAGUGAAUUAUUUAUCUUUAGGCUCCCCCAUGGUAUAUAUACAAAUGUUUAUAUAUCCAACUUCAUUAGAUUAUAUAUAACUUUUUCUAAAUGACAAAUAUAAGAUCAAUGUACCUCAACAUAAUUUUGUUGGAGUGACUUACCAAGUUGAAAUGAGACAGAUUAAAUGUUUAGUUGAGCAAAAGUUUAGUUGAGCCUCCCCCACUGCAAUCUCUUCACUAAAUGAUUGUGCAUAAUUGUGUAUCAGUGUGGUGAAAUUCAUCAGCAUCCAUUGACGACACAAUUUGACAGAUUUCCAUGUUAAAACCUAAAGCAUGAAACUAUUUUAAGAAUCAAAGAAAUGCAAAAACAUGGAUGCCUGUGGAUGCCAUCAUCGAAUGAUGUGAUGUUGCAGUAAGUAGUUUGCUCUCCCCUUUCUCUCCAGGCUUUUUCGUGUUGCUAGCAAUGGCAGUGUACACUGGUGUGACGAUUAAUUACUAUGGUAAACGCUAUGGCAACUGGAGGUUCUCCUGGUCCUACAUCAUCGGCUGGGUGUCAGUGGUGCUAACCUUCUUUUCAGGUAAAACCAAGACAUCACUGGUCACACUCCCCACAUAACAUUCAGUUGUGAACAAAUGUUUUAUUUAAGCAAAUGUAUUAUUAAUAGUCAAUCCAGGGCCCAUAUUCACAAAGUGUCUCAGAGCAAAUGACUGCUGAUAUAGGAUCAGGUUUGCCCUUUAAUCAUAAUGAAUAAAGGGGGCUGAUCCUAAAUCAGCACUCCUACUCUGAGACGCUUUGUGAAUACGGCCCAGGAGUAUUAUAAAGGAACAUUAUAUUUUUCGUAUAUUUAUUUAACCUUUAUUCACCCAGGUAAUUCACGUAUACUACAUUGAUUCAAGCCUGAAUAUGUACAGCUCCUAGUUACUUUAACAUGCUUCAAUCUCCUUCCUUGCUUUUUUGGAAUAUAUAAUUUUUAAUGGCAGCUGAAUUGUGUUUUAUAUCGUUUUGGUCUAGGUACUUCUAUGUAUGUGUGUGUGCGCACAAGUACAACAUGAUGUCUUUGUCUUUUUUUUAUAAAGGUAUAUUCUAUAUGUGUGCCUAUCGGAUGCACGAAUGCCCCAGGAACUCAAACUCUCACUAGAAGACUUCAGAAAUGAUCAUCAAUAUCUUAUGAUAUUGAGAGCCACUGACUUGUGGCUGUUCCCUGAAUUUGAAAGUCAAGAUGGAUCAACCCACUAUUUACUUUUGGAACAUGGAUUAUAUAAUUUUAAAUGAUAUGAAUAAAGGACGUUGGGGGUAAA